CCAUCACUGCGCCUGGGAGGGACUUGAAGUCGCUCUUGUUCAGUUCUCAAUGGAUGCCAGCAUCAGCAUUCACGCGAUCAGAUGUGAAACGAAGCACGUGAACGCGAGCGAACGGCAGAACAUGAGCGUCGUGGAUGUGGAUGAAACGACGGAGAUCGCUAUGAAGACGGUUUAGUCAGAUAAAGCCAGAUGUGCUGCAUGACCUGACAGAGGGCAUCAUCUCUCUGUUUAUAAACACCCGUCCCUUCAUACAAAGGAACCACGCGGGGGAUUGAUGCACCCUCUCCAGUGGUGCAACGAGUUGGAGAGCACACACAGAAUUGAUGAGAUGAUGGAGAUUGCCAGUGGUGGGGGACAGGGUGCUUCUGCGGUUUGGGACUGAUUUAUUCCAAUAAGACCUGCACUAUGCCAUCCGUCACCUUCCAGGACCUUCCUCUCAACAUCUAUAUCGUGAUCUUCGGCACAGGCAUCUUCAUCUUCGUACUCAGCCUCAUAUUCUGCUGCUAUUUUAUAAGUAAAUUGAGACAUCAAGCCCAAAGUGAACGCUUUGGAUACAGAGAGGUGAUUUUAAAAGGAGACCCGAAGAAGCUGAAUCUUCAUGGGCAGACCUGUGCCGUGUGCUUGGAGGACUUUAAGGUGAAAGAUGAGCUGGGAGUGCUGCCAUGCCAACAUGCCUUUCACAGGAGGUGUGUGGUGAAGUGGCUGGAGGUGCGCUGCGUCUGCCCCAUGUGUAAUAAACCCCUGGCGGGAUCCUCCGAGCAGCACCAGAGCAUAGGCACACUGCUGGAUGAGCUGGUGUAGCGCUCAGACGCUUCUGGGAAGAGACAAGACUGACAUCUGGCUUCAAGGCUUUCUGAGGAGAUUUUUUUUACAGACAUGAACAGACCUGACUCUGACUCUCACAACUUCUAGGCUAAGACCCAAUGUAUCUUCUGAGGAAAGAAGCCUUUAAUUUAACAUUGAAUGCUAACAGGGCUGUUCAGUCACAGUGUCGUUUGUAUGCUAACUCACAAAGCUAAUUCACCUCUGUUUCCCUCGGGAUAUCAUAAGGGUUUUUUAACUGAUGAGUAAAAUAAGGUCUGUGGGAAACACUAAAUUAAGAUUUAAGAAGAAUUUAAAUUUGGAAACCGAUCGAGUGCUUUAUAAACUCAAGUUGCUACAUACAGUAUGAUCUACAACUUCCACAACAAUGUGUGUUUACACAUUUGACGAAACAAACAACCUUAGUGUAGUCUUUAUGUAGUGCCCAGUUGAAAAAAGGUAUGUUUUGAAGCUGGGAUGCUGGUUUGAGCUGGUUUAAGCUGGUCGUUUGCUGGUUUAAGAUGGUCCUUAGCUGGUGUGUUGAUCGGACCAGUUUAGGACCAGCACAUGGCCAGCUUAAACCAGCAAAGGACCAGCAUAAACCAGCUCAAACCAGCAUCCCAGCUUCAAAACAUACUGUACCUAACCAGCAUUUGCUGGUUUUUUCAACAGGGUGAAUUUUUAAAGCACACAAAUGUUUUAAAAUCUCAUUUGAAGAAUGAAUGUGUGAUUUGUGGUGUGUGCCAAACUGUGCCAAAAUUAAAUGUAACGGGCCACUAAAAACCAAUUGUAUCUCCUGUGGGAAACACUGAUGUCUUCUGGGUAUUAGGACUACUAACUGAUUUUCUGUAUUGUAAGAGCUCUACAUCAGCAUUUACAGCUGAGGAGGAAACAGGAUUUACAUCAUUGAAGCACUGAACACUGCGACUGCGAGUGACAACAUCGUGUGUGUGUGUGUGUGUGUGUGUGUGUUUUACAGCCAUCAGUAGUAGUGACGGGUGUCUCGUUCAUUCUAGAUUAUGUGUGCACAAAUCAUGUCACUCUCUUAAGAGAUUUGAAGUAAACACUACCACAGUUCCCGGCCACAGAAAUGAGCUGCCAGUGAAAACACAAGUGGCUUACUUUUUUGUAUUUCAAGUGUUUGUGUUUGUUUACUGUAAUGUGAUUGCCAUUGUUACUACCUUCUGUGUUUUAGUCAAUGUUUUCAUACCGAAAAAAUGAACAUUUUAAAAUCA